UUAGAAGUUAGGACACUUCAGCAACAACAUGGAUAAUGCCAGUGAAUUAAAACGAAAGAGAGAAUUUGACAUUUCAGACAAUGAAGAAUAUGAAGAGGAGAAUACUGCUAAGGUUGCCAAGAAGAACGUGUUCAACGGUUCUAUUAUAUUCAUCGAAGGAAGAGACUUUGUGGUGAUCGCAUCGGAUAAUCGUUUGAUCACCAAAUUAGAUAUUCUGCUCGCGAUGACCGCCUUGAUCAGGCGUCGUGUACAGGUGUACGAGCAGGACAACAAAAAGACCAUUUCGACUGAGGCCCUCGCCUCGAUGAUCUCAACUUUAAUGUACAACCGCCGACUCUUCCCAUGCCUCAUGAUCACAAUUCUGGCCGGGCUGGACAAUGAGGGUAAGGGUGCCGUCUUUCACUUUGAUGAGAUUGGCAACCGUGAACGGUGCCGCUACCUUAUUAUCGGUGGAGCACGUGACAUCAUGUUGGCAAAACUGAGACAUAGCAUCGGUGAGAUCGACAGCGGCAUCAUCCCAUCCGAUCAGUAUCAGCAACUCACCAAGGAGCGUGCCUUUGGCAUUGCUCGCGACUGUUUCAUACAUGCCUCUCAUCUACGUGCUGACAUCGGUAAUACGGUUAUGAUCAAAACCAUCUACACAAAGGGGAGCCAGGAGACGAUUCUGAAGUUGCGUUAGACUCAACUUGAAUUGCGCAUAUCUCUGAUUCAAAUGCGGAACGUUUUAUUUGUGAACCGAUCAAGAUAUAUGUUGUAGGACUACGAUUAUU